UGAAACUGAUUCUGGAUCAACAGAUACUACAGGAGAAACACAAACAAGUGGAGGUGCCACUGGAACAGCAACAGGAACAGAUGGUACUGAUUCUGGUUCAACAGUUUCUACAGGAGAAACACACACGACUGGAGAUGCAAGUGGAACAACGACCGGAACCCAUGAAACUGAUUCUGGAUCAACAGAUACUACAGGGGAAACACAAACGAGUGGAGGUACAAGUGGAACUGCAACCGGAACCCAUGAAACAGAUUCUGGAUCAACAGAUACUACAGGGGAAACACAAACAAGUGGAGGUGCCAGUGGAACAGCAACAGGAACAGAUGGUACUGACGCUGGUACAAAAGACUCUACAGGUGAUUCCCCGACAACUGGAGGCACCAGUAGAACAACAACCACAACAGAUGGUACAGACUCUGGAUCUACAGGAGGUUCCCAAUCGAGCGGAACUACCAGUGGAUCAACAACUUCUGUAACAGAAUAUUGUUGGACUCAAUGGUUCGAUGAUGAAAAUGGUGGUGAUAUAUCAGCCUCUGUUGUAUACGAGAAUGAAUCUAUUGAAGAAAUCUUUGCACAAUAUCCAACUAUGAGCUGUCAGAAAC